AAAUCUUUCCUAAACACCAACCACAUGAUCAUAUUAUAUAAUUAAGAAUCCAUGUUACAAAGAAUCAUAAGCCAACCUUUCCCCCACCAUUUGCCUAGUUGUCUCCUCAUCUUCGUUAGAUUCACCCCCAAUUUUCUUUGUCUUCUUCGUCUCUCCAAAACCCUUCAAUGUGUAGACAGGAAUCUUUUUAGCAUACUGACAGAACAGAUAGAUGACUCUAUGCUGUCCAUUUUGACCAAGAAAGGAAGCGCACACACACUAUUAUUUAUAAAGGGUCUCAAAAUAUCAAAGCGUAACAUGCAGAUAAUUCAUUGGCUCUUUAAUAAGGCAGCACAACAACAAGAAAGGGAGAAUUCUUCCACCACUUCAGCCAAGCACAAUAUUAAUAAUUCAGAUCAAGAAGCUAAAGGCAAAGAUAGAAUUCUGUUAAAGCAUUGCAGGAGUAAUGGAAGAUCAGAAAGAGGAAAGAAUAAAAAAUUUGGUUUAAGGGGUUUCAGACCCUUUGCAAUCUUAUGCAGAAAAGAUGUUGCAACUGCUUGCUUUUAUAGCACACUCCAUCUGAAAAGAGUUAAUAGCUACAAUAGAAGGCAGAAGCACUGGAUGUACUCUAUGAAGAUGAAGAAAGAAGACAUUGUUAAAGGAGAAGGCAUGAGUAACAGUAAAGUUGAUUCAACUAAUAAUCAUGUAGGCAAUAAAGUUCUGCCUGUAGCUGAUGCAACAUUAUCUUCAUCAACUAGCGCAAAUGACCAAUGUAGCUCAUUGGAGAAGGUAGAGAAGCUUAAAGGGGAUAAAGCAAAAGCCAUGUCCAGAAUGAAGGAGCUACUGAGAUGGGCUGCUGCUGCAAAACCUGAGAAGAGAGGCAAGUUCUUGGGAAGAAAGGUUCUGCACUUUCGAAAUAAAGCAACCUUUAAAGCAGUAGCAGAUGAUGAACAACUGAGCAAUGAAUCUCCAAAGAUAAGUUUCAGAUGGGAUGCUGAAAGCUGCUCCACUAUUACCUCUUCCUGCUCAGCCAUUUCCUUGGCUUCUUCCAGGAUGCUUUCACUCAAUUCCACUCCUCUUCAUGAUAGGAAGGGAAAUUGGAUCACCACAGACUCUGAAUGUAAGAUAUCACCUGGCAGCCAUUUCUUUAAAAUUAUUCGAUAGAUUCUUUCACGUCCUGCUCUCUUUCUUCCUCUCUAAGAUAGCUAACUGAUUUUCAAUUAUGGGGUUUUGAUGGACAGUUGUGGUGCUAGAGCUGUGAAGGAAGAAAUCUUUACUGUAGAUGAUUUUUCCAUGGUUCAAUUUAGUGCUUGCAGCAGUGUAUCAUGUGCUAGACUGAUUUCCUUUUUCUUCUUUCUUUUUGGAGAUUUUGGAUUUAUUAAAUGCAACAUUAUGCAGAUUAGUGAAGAGAUUAUGUUAGCAUGACUAAUGUUUUAUUUGUAUGGACAGGAAGGUUUCCGGUGCAUAUCCACUAAUAUUAGUUAGUGGUUAAUUUGCCUACCAAA